UGAGCGUUGCUAGGAGAUUCGGCAGGCGGGCGGAGCCAGACUCGGCGGGGCGGGGAGGGGUGGGGCUAGGCUCGGCGAGGCGAGGAAGGGUGGGUGGAGCCAGGCUUGGCGGGCUGUGCGUGCUCGCGGUGGGCGGUGGCGGCGGCUGCCUCGCGAAGGUUCGAGAUCCGUCGCGUGCGGGAGGCGGGCCGCGAUCUUGCGCAGGGUCGGUGUGGGCGCAGGCUGCGGCGCCGCGACUCGUGUGGGUAGGCGUCUGCGCUCGGUUUGAGGGCUCGGCGCGGGGUUUCCUGUUCCUUCCUCUGCGCGGCUGCAGCUCGGGACUUCGGCCAGACCCAGCCCCCAUGGCUUCAGAAGAGCUACAGAAAGAUCUAGAAGAGGUAAAGGUGUUGCUGGAAAAGGCUACUAGGAAAAGAGUACGUGAUGCCCUUACAGCUGAAAAAUCCAAGAUUGAGACAGAAAUCAAGAACAAGAUGCAACAGAAAUCACAGAAGAAAGCAGAACUUCUUGAUAAUGAAAAACCAGCUGCUGUGGUUGCUCCCAUUACAACGGGCUAUACGGUGAAAAUCAGUAAUUAUGGAUGGGAUCAGUCAGAUAAGUUUGUGAAAAUCUACAUUACCUUAACUGGAGUUCAUCAAGUUCCCACUGAGAAUGUGCAGGUGCAUUUCACAGAGAGGUCAUUUGAUCUUUUGGUAAAGAAUCUAAAUGGGAAGAGUUACUCCAUGAUUGUGAACAAUCUCUUGAAACCCAUCUCUGUGGAAGGCAGUUCAAAAAAAGUCAAGACUGAUACAGUUCUUAUAUUGUGUAGAAAGAAAGUGGAAAACACAAGGUGGGAUUACCUGACCCAGGUUGAAAAGGAGUGCAAAGAAAAAGAGAAGCCCUCCUAUGACACUGAAACAGAUCCUAGUGAGGGAUUGAUGAAUGUUCUAAAGAAAAUUUAUGAAGAUGGAGACGAUGAUAUGAAGCGAACCAUUAAUAAAGCCUGGGUGGAAUCAAGAGAGAAGCAAGCCAAAGGAGACACGGAAUUUUGAGACUUUAAAGUCAUUUUGGGAACUGUGAUGUGAUGUGGAAAUACUGAUGUUUCCAGUAAGGGAAUAUUGGCCAUUUUUCGUCUCUUCACAUCGCGCCACAUUCUCCAGUCUACAUAGUGACUUCGAACUUGGCCUGAAGCUGAUGAAGGAACCAUCUGAAAGACAGAGACAAGGGACAAGUGAAGGAUAGCCAGGACAACAUUCUGAGUGUUCCUCAACCCUGCAAUUCUCUUUCUGCCACUAUUUAUCAUUUAGUAUUCUUUUAAGAGUUGUUUUAGAUCAGUUUAAUAGUUUAAGAUAAUAGACUUCCUAAUUUAUUCAGAAUAACUUUUAUGGAUGUAUAUUAAGUCAAAAUCAUAAUAAUAUAAUGCAAUAACAUAUGUAUUGGAAGGUGAAAGACAGAUUUUCAGAAAUUUUUAUUAUUCUGUUCGACCUGUACUUAGGCCAAUAGUCAUAUGGUUCAAAAAUCAAAAAGGUAUAAGAAGACACACAGUGAAAAGUCUCCCCCCACCUCAUUCCUCACCUGCCCAAUGACUCCCUUGCCCCACAGGUAUCCACUGUUUCUAGUUUCUUGUAUAUCCUUCAGAGAUUUUUGUCUGUAUACACUCCCCUCCCAUUUUUCGUUCCCUCUUUUCAGUUUACAAUAUACCUUAGAGAUCUUUCAAUAACUGAAUGUAAAAAGCUUCCCCAUUUUCUUCAUAUUGCAUAAUCCGCUAUAUAGAAGCAUCAUAAUUUAACCUGCCACGUAUUGCUGGACAGAUCUCACUAUUUAUUAUUAUAAACAAUGCUGCAGUGAAUAAUGUCUUAGAAAUCAUUUCAUAUGUAUUCCUAUAUAUCUUGAAGAUAUAUUAUUAUUUAUUUAUUCUACUUUUUUGAGAUGGAAUCUAGCUCUGUCACCCAGGGUGGAGUGCAGUGGCGCAAUCUUGGCUCACUGCAACCUAUACCUCCCGGGUUCAAGCAAUUCUCAUGCCUCAGCCUCCUGAGUAGCUCAGACUACAGGUGCCCGCCACCACACCUGGCUGUUUUUUUUGUUUCGUUUUUUGUAUUUUUAGUAGAGAUGGGGUUUCACCAUGUUGGCCAGGCUGGUCUUGAACUCCUGACCUCAAGUGAUCCAUCCGUCUCGGCCUCCCAAAGUGCUGAGAUUAUAGGCAUGAGCCACUGUGCCUGAUGAGGAUAGAUUAUUGGGAGCAAAACUGCUAGGUCAAAGGGUACUUUAAAACUAUAACUGACCUAAUACUUCUCAGCACUAGUUGUCCAGUAAUAAGACAGUAUAUUCCUUGUUGUCUCACAUUUUCACGGUGAUAAUUUACAGUUCUGACUGACAGGACAGGCAAAGGGAGUAUAGAUCACAAGAAAUGAUAAGUCUCUCUCAAACCAGAGGAAAUAUUACAUGUUAAUUAAACUGCCCCUAUAGAAAAAUGAUGGCUUCCGAUAACUGAUGUUUAUAAAUGAAAUAUAUGUAUAGCAGAAUAUAAAAUUGAAAAUAAGAAUACUAUAAAUAGAAAGCCACCAUUUUUUCAAUCUAUUAACAAAAGAUAAACUGAACAUCUUCAGUGCUCACAUUACUAAACAAAAGUUCCCUGGGGAAAUAUAACAAUUCUGCAAUCACCUUUUGAAAAAAAGAUAAGCAGGAAUAGGAUUUAAAUAUUGAUGUGGCAUAUGACUGAGUCCAGUGAAUGUCUUGGUAACCAUGGAUGGACAUGCUUGUCACAGAAAGAGGGGCUUUGAAAUCUUGACAGCAAUUCAACAUUGAAAUGCUGACAGAAUUUUGACUAAAGUGGGGACAGGGGAGGGGAGAAAAGGUAGUCUGUCCAAACAAAACAUGGAAAAGAACAAGAUAUAUUCAUAAGAUCAAGGAGAAAUCAAAGAAACCAUUCACAUUGAGGGGCAAUGUGAGGUUUGCUUUUACCUGUGAAAUUGAGGGUACAGGAGAUUUAGAAAACAAGAUUAAGCAUUUCUUCUUUGAAUUCUUUUUCAAAGUAUUCCUAAUCAAAUUCUCCUAGAAGACUUCUAUUAGUUUUUAAAAAUAGUCUUUCACUCUAUUUUGCAUACCUUUUUUUCUUACUAGAAAAGUAAUAUCCAUUUUUUUUCCCCUUUUUUUGAGACGGAGUUUUGCUCUUGUUGCCCAGGCUGGAGUGCAAUGACGCGAUCGUGGCUCACUGCAACCUCUGCCUCCCAGGUUCAAGCGAUUCUCUUGCCUCAGCCUCCCGAGUAGCUGGGAUUACAGGCAUGUGCCACAACACCCAGCUAAUUUUGUUAUUUUUAGUACAGAUGUGGUUUCUCCAUGUUGGUCAGGCUGGUCUUGAAAUCCCAAAGUAAUACACUUUUAAAAUAAAAUAUUUAUUGGCCUAUUAUAUUAUUUCUUCUGUGAACAUUUUUAUGUCCUUUGUCUGCAUUUCUACUGUGGUGUAUUUCCUUACCAGCUUAUAAUGGUGCUUUAUAGAUUAAGGCCACACUCUAUUCUGCUCUGUACACAUCUUAUCCUGCCCCCAUCUCUCACCCCUCUUCAGCUCCUAAAACCUUUCCACUGGGCCCUCUCAAUCCAUGGUCUAUCAUCAAAAUCUUUUAAAUUCUCAACUUCUCUUGACAUCUCCUUCACCUUUUGCUCUGGCCGAAUUUUAAAUCCCUCCUCACAGCUUUUCCUGUAGCUCCUUUUUCUUCCAUAACUGGGCCUAGAGGUGGGAUAGGUAAGUGUCUUCCUUGCUCUUCAUUGCAGCUUCGAGUUCUCCUUCCUUUCUGAAAGCUCCUGGCUUUGACUCAUGCCAUUGGGCUUACUACCUUCCACUACCUCUCAUUGUUGCAGUCAUCUACCAAAGCCCCUGCCACUCCCUUUCAUUUUUCCACGAUUUUGGAUCCUGGCUUACUGUCACUCUCUCCAAUAUUGUUCCUAUCUUAAUUCCUGGUGAUUUCAAUAUACAUGAAAUUACACCCUGAUCACUCUGAUUUCUUAACACCUCUCCUUCAAUGACUUUUGUCCUCCACUCUUGUUUAACUAUUCAAUUCCAUGCCCAUGUUGUGGGUAUUUUAUUAUUAAUAAGUGCAAGCUAUUAUCUCACUUUGUAUAUCUCAACUCAUUAUCACUUCUUUCUAGCUUGCUCCUUCUAACACCCCAAUAACAAUCCUUCUGGGACUUUCAAUCCAUUGAUCCUACCAUUUUUCACUUUUUUCACUCAGCUUUUGAUUUCCUGUCUUCCUCUCUCACCUAGCCUGAAUUCCAUUGUUCUAUAAAUACAAUGUUCUCUUGAAUACACCAUCAACUCUCUGGCCCCUCUCUCACUUCUCUGUACUUACUCCAAUUCUCCUGACCAUUCCUUCUGUCCAUUUCCAACUCUCUUACAGGGUCUCUCUCCCCUUAAAUCUCUGACACUUGCUCCCACAUCCUCACACUCAGCUGAUGACUUCACUUUCUCCUUAAUUAUAAAAUUAGAAGAAAUCAAAAGAGCAUUUCUAUAAAUGCUCACCAACAUAGUGGCUCACUUACUAGCAUCUGUAUCAUAUGUUCUACAUUCCCUCCUGUUAUCAGAGAUCCACUCUGUCCAAUAGAGUAACCACUAACCACAUAGGGGUAUUAAACAUUUGUAAUAUAACUAGUGCAACUGCGGAAUGUAAUUCUUUAUUUUAAUUAAUAUAAAAUUCAAAACCAAAGCAUUGUAAACAUUAAACAACUUUAUUAUUUUGGUAGAACUAUAUUUCCCAUUUUAAUGAUGGGAAAUUUAGCAUCCAAACUGAGAUAUGCUUUAAGUGUUUGAAAAUCUAGUAUGAAAAAAAAGAAUGUAACUAUUUCGUAAGUCAUUGUUAUAUUGAUUCUAUGUUAAAACCACAGUAUUUUGGAUAUACCUGGUUAAAUAAAAUAUUAUAUUAAACUUAA